AGUGUGUCGGUGCGCUCCGUGGACGCGUGUCAGCGCCGCGCUCCAAAACCACCGCACUAUGAGACGGACCCCGGGGACACUUCGGGGACUACCUUUCCGACCCGCGGAUUUAUUUGACGAUUUGGUUUUCCCAAAGCUAACGUUUGAUGACUUCUUCAAGCUCUGCGAUGAUCUCUCCGCGGCCACACAGGCACACCUCUGAAUGAUGAAGGCCUGGGACACAUUCAUCAUCUUCUUCCUCGCCCUCUACAGGACUGUGUGUGUGUCAGGAAAGAAUAUGGUGGAAGAAUGGAGGCACUACAGGAAUGAAUGUCUGCUCCACAUGAGUACGGAGCCCGAACCUGAAGGAGUGCACUGUCGGCGCAUGUUUGACAUGUACGCCUGCUGGUCAGACGGACAACCCAACUCUACGGUGAAGGUGCCCUGCCCUUGGUACCUGCCGUGGUACGACCAAGGCAAGGAUGCACACGGACACGGUCGAUCUCCCUCUAGGUGUGUACUGUUGCAUGUGAUGGACGGUGUGUUGUUUCGGCCUCUGCUGUGUGUUUGUGUAGUGCGUGAUGGCGUUGUGUUGCGGGAGUGUGGGCCUGACGGCCAGUGGGCCACCAACGUCUCCAGCCGCACCUGGCGGGACCAUUCCCAGUGCGGAGCUGACAACGGCCAAGAGGAAUCUCAGGAGAAGCAGAUGAUGAUCUUAGCCUGCUUCAGAGUCAUGUACACAGUGGGUUACUGUGUUAGUCUCGCCAGUCUCUCUCUGGCUCUGAUUAUUCUGCUGCUCUUCAGGAACCUGCACUGCACCAGAAACUACAUCCACACCAACCUGUUUGCAUCGUUCAUUCUGCGAGCCGCUUCCAUCUUGACCAGGGAUGCUCUGCAGAGCAGGGGCACGCCUGAGUUCGGAGACAGCGGGGACAUCUCCACGGUCUUCAGCGACCAGGCAGUGUCUGGCUGUCGGGUGGCUCAGGUGCUGAUGCACUACUGUGUGGGAGCCAACUACUACUGGCUGCUGGUGGAAGGCCUCUAUCUACACCACCUGCUGAUGGCGUUCUCUGACAACCACUUCUUCUGUGGCUACCUACUCAUAGGCUGGGGUACCCCAGUGUUAUUCGUGAUUCCUUGGAUUAUUGUGCGCUUCCUGUUUGAAAACACAAAGUGUUGGGAGAAAAACGAGAACGUGGCACACUGGUGGAUAAUCCGCACCCCCAUCCUGCUCGCCAUUCUGGUGAACUUCUUCAUCUUUAUUCGCAUCGUCCAGAUCCUUGCCUCCAAACUGAAAGCCCAUCAGAUGAGAUACACCGACUACAAAUUCAGACUGGCCAAGUCCACCCUGACCCUGAUCCCUCUGCUGGGGAUCCAUGAGGUGGUCUUUGCAGUGAUGACGGAGGAGCACACAGAGGGAGUCCUUCGCAACAUCAACCUCUUUUUCCAGCUCCUUUUCAGCUCUUUCCAGGGUUUAUUUGUAGCCAUCCUCUACUGUUUUGUCAACAAGGAGGUGCAGGGAGAGAUAAAGAAGAGAUGGCACAGGUGGAAGCUGGGGAUGUCUGACCUGGAUGACCUGAGAAACACCGGAAGCAACAUGCCACAGGUUGGUGCCAGCAUGCUGCCAUUUAGCCAGUGCCACCAUUUGUCCCCCUGCCUGCUGCCAGCCUACUGCCAAGAGGACCGCCACCCCUCCGCCGCGCCCCACCCAUCUGCUCCUCCUCACCCCUACAGCAACCGCCAGGACCAUCCGGGAGCCGAACAGCUCAAGGCCUCCUCCUAUAUCGCUGCUCAUACGCAGGAUGGAGGAAGAGGGGACAGUGAGGAGAAGUCUCGCGAAAGCAACUGCUAAAAAAAAAAAAAAUCUAAACGGCCUUUAAAGUCUUAAAGUCAGCGAAAUAAGGAAAUUUGAGUGAGAAGUUUGUACAGGGCAGUCAGACUGACUGACUGAGAGGAUUCACGUUGUAUCAUCAGUUCGUGAGAUCGUAGAAUUAUUCAGAAAACGCUGCAUUUCGAUUUAAAGACCCUCUUGGACUGUUAACCAACGUUAAGGUAUACUCGGGAUGAGCGGUUUAAGAAAAGGAUUGGAUGGAUUCACUUUUUUCCCCUCAGUGCCAGAGGUUGAUGAGAUCAUACAGGAGGCUGUCUGGACUUGGGUACUGAGUAUUUCACCGACCCUGUAUAAGUGUCUUAAAGCACCAGAGUGAAACCUGGCAAUAGCUGACCCUGACCUCUGACCCCUCUGUCAAAGGGGGAAAAAAAUGAAAGGAGAAUUAUUUCCACUUGAGGAUAAUUUGAUCUCCACUGAUUUUUUCAAUUUAUUUUUCUUGUUGAAAGAAACGUACCAAAAACUCAGCGCGCCGUGUCACCUCAGAUCUCCUCUCCUCUCUCUGCCUGGUUUCUCAGUUCGACAGCCUCUUGAGCAUAUUGAGCCGUUUCCUCCCGUCAGUCCUCAGAUUUAGUUUUGUCACAGAGUUAGUUUGCACACCUUUUCAAGGCAGGCGGUCUGCUGUUAAACGCCGGUCUAUCCCUUUUGAUGUGUACAACAUCUUCUCAUUUUAAAUUUCCUGUAACCCAGACGUCAUUUACAGUAAGAUACAGCUGCCUCUACUGCCACCUAGGGGAGAGACAGAAUGCACACCAUCAGAGGAAAAGCACCCACUGUUGAAAAUCCAGACAAGAAGCACGUUUACUGAGUCAUCUGGAAAACUUUGCCUACGUCCAGUCAAAUCUCAAUCUUGAAAAUGGAUCCAGGUAAAAUGAUCUGUCCAGACUGUAGUCCUCAAAGCUAUCCAGAUAACUCAGUAAACCUAUCAGAUUUGACAAGUAUCAAGUUCAUUCCUAUAGAACCAUGGGACUUAAAUUAAAAAAAUACUAUGAAAAGACUGUGUAGAAAAAAAAAAAUAUUGGUCUUUACAGCUACUUCUGUACAACUUAAAUGGUCUUUGUCGUAUUUGCAUUACCUGCUCAGUGUUACCUGGAGUCAGGGGUUUGAACCUCUGAGAACCAAACCUGCAACUGGUGAUAUAUAUACACAAUAUAUUGACUCGUCACAAAACAGGGUGUGACUACUGUGUUAAUUCAUUGCCUUUGGCCCAUCCUGCUCCUGAAGGAGAAUAUG